AUGAACAUUCAAGGAGAGGAUGAGAGCUGGGACUUCGGCACUGGCACUGGGUUUUAUGUGAAUGCCACCAAAGGGCCUUGGAAAACGAACUACAGGAUGUACUCCUAUGUAACGGAGGAGCUUCCCCAACUCAUCAAUGCCAAUUUUCCGGUGGACCCCCAGCGCAUGUCUGUUUUUGGCCACUCCACGGGAGGCCACAGGGCCCUGAUUUGUGCUUUGAAGAACCCUGGAAAAUACAAAUCUGUGUCAGCAUUUGCUUCAAUUUGCAAUCCAGUGCUUUGUCCCUGGGGUAAAAAAGCCUUUGGUGGAUAUCUGGGAACAGAUCAAAGUAAAUGGAAGGCGUAUGAUGCUACCUACCUCGUGAAGGCCUACCCAGGGCCUCAGCUGGACAUACUGAUCGACCAAGGAAAGGAUGACCAGUUCCUCUCAGAUGGACAGCUGUUGCCUGACAACUUCAUAGCUGCCUGCACAGAAAAGAAAAUCCCUGUCGUGUUUAGAUUACAAGAGGAUUAUGAUCACAGCUACUACUUCAUUGCAACCUUUAUUACUGAUCACAUCAGACAUCAUGCAAAAUACCUGAAUGCUUGAAAA